CAAGUGGCAAGUGAUCUAGGUAUGCUUAGAGGGGCUCUUCCUAUAUUCUAGGACUCAGCUCUGGUAUUGUAAACAGGUCCCUGGGCUAAGCACUGCUAAGAUCUUAGCACAAAUUAAGUUGAAGUUUGAAGAAGGAGCAAGUAAGGACAUCUUUUUGUAGCCAAGAAAGGAGGAGGAAGGAGAAUUGUGAAUAUAUGGGUAUCUAUGUGAAGAGUUGCUGGAGAAAGGAAACAAAUAAUUGACUUUUAUAUUGAAGGGAAUACAACAUGUGUGUUCUCUGUUAACUGCAGCAGUUAAUUUCUAUAGAGUGAGGGGCUAGAGUUUAAUCUCUGUAGAAGAUAGGCCAUCAUUCUGCAAGAAUUUUUUCUUAAUUCUAAGUGUGUGAGAAUGGGAUAGCAUUACAGAUAUAUACUUUCUAGAAAUUCUGAAGCCCUAGGAAAUGGUAAGUGGGGGAAUGGAAAUUUUGGGGAAAUGGAAAAAGAAAUGGAAGAAGAAACCAUACUUACUUUCUAUCCCUUGUACCCAUCCUACUUGAGAGAUCCUAUGGGUUCCAGGUUUGCCACAAUGUGAACAGAGUGCUAGACUGGGUGGUCUGAUCCAGCAUGGCUUUUCUUGAGUUCUUAUGUUCACUUUUUAGGCACAAUCCUAUGACCUUCGAAGAUUGUCUGAGAGACCAUAGGAUUCUUUAGAGUCCUAGCUCUGAGAUCCUAGGAUCUUGCAGCUGCCAUCCUGAAGGCCAGGUUCCUAGCCUAUCCCUUCACAGUGAUCAUGGAAAGGAUUACACCAGCUGCCUUUCUCUUCCCAGGAUCACAACUGGGCCUCAUAGAGGGAAAGGGGUCAUGCCAGGGGAUGGGGAGGGGAAGAGGCUGGCGCUGGAAGUUAAAAUAAUUCCCAGUUGUUGCCGUAGCCAUCUAAAGAAAAUGUAGGGUGUAAGGUGUAGUCGCUGUGAUUGCUGCUACUGUGCCUUGCAUCAGAUUCUCAUAACCUUCUGAGUUUGAGGCUUGCAUUCCUGCAAAAUCCAAAGUCACUUGGUUGCUAUAGGACAAUUUUCUCCAGCCAGUGCUAUUCAGCUAUUUUGGAUUUCAGCUCCCAUCAAUCUCAGGCGACAUGGGCAUUGAUGAGCAAUGCUGGGCUCUUUUGUCUAGAAUAUCUGGAGCUUUUUAUGUAUAAAAUGGUUUGCUCAUAAAAUUAUCAUUUAAAAAUUUCAAAAGUACAAUCAGUAAAUUUGUAAUUAUUGUCUGAAUAAACUAUACUUCUAAAUGUAACAUGACAAACAUGAUAAUUUUUUGUGCAAAAAAGAUUAUUUAUAACAUACCUUGGGUUCCCCUUUUAUGUCUGUCCAAAGGAAACUUCAGCAAGUGGUCCUUGAAACAGCACCAUAGAAGCCAAAAAAUCAGGAAGAACUGGAGGUAGAGGAAGACUGGUGUACAGUGUCUGUUCCUGAUUCUCUGGAAUGGCCAGCCAAGAAGCAGAAGUUGAGAGAUUGAUACUAGAUAACGAUUCAAUGAUAGAAGGAGUAAGUGACCAGGUACUGCUGGCAGUAGCACUCAGUUUCACAUUCCUUGCUGCGCUCGCAUAUCUGCUCUUAAGAAAUGAGCACCCAGAUAUUCAUCCAGAAAACCAAGAGCUAGUUAGAGCAAUUAGACAGCAACUACAGUCAGAACAGGAGAAUGUAGUUGUUGACAGGCAGCAUUUCUAUACUGACAUGUCCUGCCCAGUGUGCUUGCAGCAAGCUACAUUUCCAAUUGAAACAAACUGUGGACAUCUUUUCUGUGGUUCCUGCAUUAUUGCGUAUUGGAGAUGUGGUUCAUGGCUAGGUGCAAUCCAUUGCCCCAUCUGCAGACAGACGGUAACUUUAUUUUUACCACUCUUCAAUGAGGGGCAAGAGGAUGCAGCACAGGUGCUUCAAGAUGUCAAUGAUUAUAACAGGAGAUUCUCAGGACAGCCAAGAUCGAUUAUGGAAUGGAUUAUGGAUUUGCCCACAUUACUACGUCAUGCAUUCAGAGAAAUGUUUUCUGUUGGAGGCCUCUUCUGGAUGUUCCGCAUCAGGAUAUUCCUCUGCCUGCUGGGAGCUUUGUUGUAUCUGGCAUCGCCCCUAGAUUUUCUACCUGAAGCCCUGUUUGGAAUUUUGGGACUUUUAGAUGAUUUCUUUGUGGUCUUUCUGCUACUCAUUUAUAUAUCUAUCAUGUACCGAGAGGUUGUAACACAAAGACUGAAUAGAUGAAAGGAAAUGUCAGUGACCAGCAUUCAGGCACAUUAAGGGGGUACUUAACUAAAUGAGCCAUGAUGAAGAACAGCAUCUUGACACAGUUUCAGUUCCUCUUGUUAAAUAGCUUCUAGCGAAACAUAUUAUACAAGCAUGAGGAACUGAAAUCAUGGCAAUUAGUGAACUGGAAUUUCAGUGUGAAUUAUAUGAAGAGAUCUAAUUCAAGAUAUGAUACAUGCUUACAUAUGUUUACAACAGAUAAGUAACUGUCUGUCAUCCAAAGUACCACCAGUUACAAAAGGGAAUUUCUUUUAGAAUGCUUAACAAGAAACAAGUAUUUGAAUGAGCUGGACAUGUACUUAAGGUACUGUUCAAUGUAAAAUGUCACAUUCAGUGUACAAUUUCAAAGACUGCUUAAUGUGUUACUGUGGAUAGGGGUGGGUAAAAUAGGUUAACAUCUGUAUAAGAACUGCUGAAGCAAUACAAUUGUAAAAAUAAGUUUGGGCUGUAACAUAAUAUUGCAUAAAUACACUAAGUACAGUAUUGGUUUAGCUGCAACUAUGUGUGAUUACAUGUGUUUCUCCAUGCAACUUUUGUGCCAUGGAAUGCCCAUCAUCCACUGGGGAGAGAAAUCAUAAACACUGAUCACAUUCUGAUAGCAUUAAGUGUGGCCAGGUUCAACAUGCUUUGGAUGAAAUAGAAAAUAGUCCAGCUCAAGAAAGGAGUGAGCAUGAAUAUACAGUAUGGUGUAAUAUUAGACAAAGAGUUUUGCUUAAACUUUAACUGGGUUCCCUCGUCAUGUGAACUAAAUGGAGUUUCAACUACAGUUGGUAUAGAAACCAGCUAAAAUCGAAAACUACAUAUUAUAGUCAAUAUACUUGAAAAAAAAAGUCUGGAAAUGGAUAUUCUGUCUUUUUAUAAAAACCUAGGUAUGAUUGCUUUAGGAGUAAGCCUGAUUGUACUUUAGGAUGUGCUUCUGAAUAUGCAUAGUGUCCGGCUGUAUGUACAUCUCCUAAACAUACACCAUAUAGUGGUCUUGAAACACUACAAAAUGCCAUGUGUUGAGCCCUCUAGCCUGGCCAAAUUUAAAUGCUCUUGAGGGAGGAGAGAAGGGCUGAACAGAUGUGAAAGCACUGCCUAUGCCAUUGCAUUUCAGACUGCAAUUGAGCAUGCACUGACCUGUGAACAGCUUGCUUCUACGCACACCCCUCCCUGCUAUACAAAGAACAUUGGCACUGGUACACUGAGUAGCAUAAGAGGAGAAAAGAUCAAGAUACUGCUUCAUAAAAUGGUACCACAUGUAUGUCUCAUAAAAUAUACCACUCAAUAAAUAAAUAAAUAAAUAAAUAAAUGAACCAGAGAGGUGUGAGUGCUUGUAGCCAGUGCACAUUCAGUGCUUCUGAUCCCUUAAUCAGUCAUGAAGUCAGUAUUUCACUCUUGAUGUUGAGCCAUCUACUAUCUGGAAUUUAUACAAGGUAGAAAAUGAGAACAUGUAGGUUUCUUAAGAGACUGAGGUCCUAAGGAACAAAUUGUGGGAUCUCGCUUUCCCUAUUCCUCUCUGGAAUGAAUUCUGUAUUGCAACUUGAACCGUAAUGAAGAAUUAAGGUAGCACUGUGGUUAAUAUCAACCAGGCAUUUACCCAACCACCUUCAAACUAUGGUUUUGAAAUUAGCUGUGGUUCAAGUUGAUGUCUAAGUACCUUUAAACAUGGUUAAUUGUGGGAUGAAGCCAGGGGAAGGGAGUAUGAGAUGCUGUAAUUGUGGUUAAGGGAGUGAGAAUAUUAUGCACACUGAUGCUUUAAUGCUAGUUUUUAAACUUAAAAAGUAGCAAGCCCAUCAGUUUGAUGAAAUCGUUGCCAAAGAAACUCUUGUCCUACUUACUAACACUUUGUUCUAUUAAACUCUACUUGAAAAUAUGAUAUUUAAACGUCUUUAUAUACUCCAGACAAGGACCUAUUUUGAAAUCCUUUUGUUGUCCAGGCAUCCAUUUCUACACAGGGAUUCUGAGUGUUGAUGUAGACAAAUGAUGCUUUUGAAUGUAUGUGUUAAGUGCAUCUGAAUAAUUUUUGUGAAGCA